AAUUGAGUUUUGGUUUUUUGGAUUUUCAUUCAAAUGCUUUCACUUCAAUAAAGCUUAGCCACAGAUUCUCUUUCAAUCACAACAAUUAUUUUGCUUAAUUGUCUGAAUUAUUCUUUUGCGUUGUCGUAAUCUACAGAAAUUAAUCCACUCGUGUUUGCAGACACAAAAUAGUGCCGUUUUGGAAAUGGCUUGCUGGAUUGACGACUACUGGAAGCUCUCUUUUUUUGGCUCCUGUCCAGUGUCUUCUCCUAGCCCACAAAACAUGUACACAAAGCGACUUGGAGACGAAACCCAUAGCCAUGAUGAUGGUUAUGCCGAAACCGACCCGACUGGCCGCUACGGUCGCUUUGACGAAGUACUUGGUAAAGGAGCUAUGAAAACAGUGUACAAGGGCAUUGAUGUGGUUCUUGGAAUUGAGGUGGCAUGGAACAGGGUCAAAAUCAAUGAGGCACUCCGCUCACCGGUGGAUUUGGAGCGCUUGUACUCGGAGGUUCAUCUUCUUAGUACCCUCAAUCACGACUCUAUCAUUAAGUUCUACACCUCCUGGAUUGAUGUUAACCGUAGGACCUUCAACUUCAUCACCGAAAUGUUCACUUCAGGAACUCUCAGAGAAUACCGGAACAAAUAUAAGCAUGUGGACACACGGGCCAUAAAGAGCUGGGCACGCCAAGUCUUGCAAGGCCUUGUUUACCUCCAUGGCCAUGACCCUCCAGUAAUUCAUAGAGAUCUUAAAUGUGAUAACGUAUUUGUUAAUGGUCACCUUGGGCAAGUCAAGAUUGGUGAUUUAGGCCUUGCUGCAAUUCUCAAAGGAUCUAAAUCAGCCCACAGUGUCAUAGGAACACCAGAGUUCAUGGCACCAGAAUUAUAUGAAGAAGAUUACAAUGAACUUGUUGAUGUCUACUCAUUUGGCAUGUGUGUGCUGGAGAUGCUUACAACUGAGUACCCAUAUGGUGAAUGUGCUAAUCCUGCUCAAAUUUACAAGAAAGUUACCUCGGGGAAACUACCAGGAGCAUUCUACCGAAUUCAAGACUUUGAAGCACAGCGAUUCGUUGGAAAAUGCUUAGUGAAUGCAUCUAAGAGGUUAUCAGCAAAACAAUUACUGCUGGACCCAUUUCUUGCCUCUGACGAAGCACCUAAACCAGUUCUUAUGACAAAAAUUGGAUAUCAAAAGCCAUUUUUGAAUGAUAGAGAAAUGGAGAAACUGAGAUUGACCGAUGCUCCACCAAGAACGGACAUGACAAUCACAGGGAAGCUGAAUUCUGAAGAUGAUACCAUUUUUCUUAAAGUCCAAAUCACUGAUGAAGAUGGUUCUGCCAGGAACAUAUAUUUCCCAUUUGAUAUUGUAAAUGAUACUCCAAUAGAUGUUGCAAUGGAGAUGGUGAAGGAGCUAGAGAUAGCUGAUUGGGAUCCGUCUGAAAUUGCAGAAAUGAUUGAUGCAGAGAUUAAUGCUCUGGUGCCAGAUUGGAAUCAAUCUGAAGCCCAUGAGACAUUUAACUACCAAGAAGAUGAUGAUGAGCCUUCUCCUACUCUCCCCUCUUUCUCCUCUUGUUCAUCAUCUCAAGCGUCGGUUUCGGGCAUGUUCCCUAAAACUACAAAUGACCAAGAUUGGCUCCAAGAUUGUUUGAUUGAUGAUACAAGCUCUGAAAGCUCUUCCCACUCAGGAGCGUAUUCCAACUUGAAUUACAUUUACGGCCAUGAGAAACAAUCUGAUUUGGGCCCUUCAAGAAGCAAUAAACAUCCAAUCAUGAAGACCUUCAACUCAACAAGAUUUGGUCCACAAGAACAUUCAAACAUAGGAAAGUCGAUUGCUGCAAUUGCCUACAAACAAUGUCAGGUCCUUGUGGAGUCUCGCUAUGGUGCUUCUGGUUCUAAAUGCAAUAAAUUGAUGGACAAUCGUAGAUUAAUGAGGAACCGGUCGCUGGUAGAUGUUCGUAGCCAGUUACUACACAGGUCAUUGGUGGAAGAGGUGAGCAAGAGACGCCUGUUCAACACUGUUGGAGCAGUUGAAAAUAUAGGUUUUCAGGCUCCUUGUGAGGUUUCUGAGAAGCAUAGAGGGAAGACUUCUGGCAGAAGGCAUUGAGUAUCCUCCUCACGAACAUGUUUAAUGAUAAAGAUAAAAGCAGAAUGCUUGUGCGGAAAGCUGCAUUAAUGCCUAAUGUAAGUAUUUGUUUACAUAAUAGUGUGCUGUGUAACUUGAAGACCCCUUGUAUACAAAGUUUCUAGUGAUUUAGUCUGUGUUUAAUAAUGUUGACAAGUAUUCAUAGUAAAGAGGAAGAGAUUGACUACACUACUUUUUGAUA